GUGUGCCUGACUGAGGGGCUCCUCUGUGUUAUUUACCACAGUGCCUCCUCGCCACGCACAGCGCCGGUUGCGUCGUAGUUCAGCGCGUGGCAAGGGCAUCACAAAUGGUUAGGGAAGACAAUUUGCUCCUCCGUUUGUUCAGAGAAUAGCAAAUUAAAUCGGAAGGACUCCUGAGGCGGUACAAUGGUUUGACAUUUUAGAAAGGAAUAGCCUUCUUCUUUUUUUCUCAACGUGGGCGCAUGCAUACGAAUGAGAGUCAGAGAUGCCAAGCAGCAAGCCAGGGGCACUUGGAGAGGAUGAAGACUUGAAAUAUGAGUGGACCGGACCUUCUUUUAUGAAAUAUUAUCUAAACGACAAAUAAUUUGCAUUUUCUCAUAAGGGAGGAGUUGUGGCGCCGCCUCAGCCUUUGUUGGCACAUAGAUGGAUGACUUUUGUGCGAGGAUAAAGAAAGCGAAGAGUCCCUGUAACUUUAUAUAGGUCACACGUGAGCGACGCGUAAUAUCAAGUAACUCAAACAUUGCCUUUAAGUAGCAGACUUGACGUGCGCUCUUGUGGAACUCGGGAAGGCAUCCAGGUGCGCUCCAUGUUUCGUUUAGGACACACCGGUACCGGCAGUGCCUGCGGGACAUAAAGCACAGUUGGGACUUGAGAGCAGCGUUUGGCUGUUGGCCAGUGAUGCCGGACACAUUCACAAUCAUAAAGAACCGGACAGAGCCACGGCUGGGGCAGCUAGAGCGCACACUGGCCACGGAAGGGAGCGCCCGCCCCGCCUGGGUCAUAGCAAUCCUGGCCAGCGUUUUGAUCUUCACCACGGUGGUGGACGUGCUGGGAAAUCUGCUGGUGAUCAUCUCGGUGUUCAGGAACCGCAAGCUGAGGAACUCGGGUAAUGUGUUUGUGGUGAGUUUGGCCUUUGCUGACCUCGUGGUAGCCUUCUACCCCUACCCCUUGGUUCUCUAUGCUCUCUUUCACGAUGGAUGGGCACUGGGAAACAUACAAUGCAUGGUCAGCGGUUUCCUUAUGGGGCUGAGUGUCAUCGGUUCCAUUUUCAACAUCACUGGGAUUGCAGUGAACAGAUACUGCUACAUCUGCCACUCAUUCUCCUACAGUCGGCUGUACAGCUAUCGCAACACUCUGCUGUUUGUUGCCUUAAUUUGGGUGCUCACAGUCGUGGCAAUUGUCCCCAAUUUCUUCGUUGGCUCCCUGCGCUACGACCCGCGGGUGUACUCCUGCACCUUCGCCCAGAAUGUCAGCAGUUCCUACACAGUGGCGGUAGUGGUGGUUCACUUCUUGGUUCCCAUUGCAGUGGUCACCUUCUGUUAUUUACGCAUCUGGGUGCUUGUGAUUCAGGUGCGACGUAAAGUGAAGACAGAGGAGAGCCCUCGCCUCAGACCAAGUGACUUGCGGAAUUUCAUCACCAUGUUUGUGGUCUUUGUGCUGUUUGCCAUCUGCUGGGCUCCGCUCAACCUGAUUGGCUUGGCGGUGGCCAUAGAUCCGUCCCGUGUGGCUCCCCGUAUCCCCGAGUGGCUUUUCGUGGUCAGCUACUUCAUGGCCUACUUCAAUAGCUGUCUGAACGCCAUCAUCUAUGGCUUACUCAACAGGAAUUUUAGGAACGAGUACAAACGCAUUGUCACCUCCGUCUGGGUGACUCGGCUUUUUGUGACAGAGACUUCGCGAGCCGCCACGGACGGCAGGAGCAUGAGGAGCAAGCAAUCGCCACCUCCGCCGCUCAACAACAACGAGUCGGUCAGAGAUCGUACAAACAAAGAAUGAAAUCUGAAACCUUUGAGCCUGUUAAGUGGUAAUUCCUGUUUUUAUGUGACAUCCAGAUGGUUGUGCAGCUAAAGAGUAACAAGUAACAGAUGAAACUUGAUUGCAUGGCUCAGUUUUCUUUAAGUUCUUAUUGAUCAGAACUGGGCACAACAUGUUUCUAUCUGUGGAGAAAUUUUUCUAAUCAUUUUUAAAGUUGUGAAGAGCUACGUAAUUACCUGUACAGAGGUUAUGUUUUCUUGUUCAGUUUGUUUGUUUGUCAGCGGGAUUAUGGAAAAACUCCAGGCCCGAUUUCCAUUAAACUUGGUGCGAGGGUGUAGCAUGGGCCAAGGUAGCACCCAUUAAAUUUUGGAGUGGAUUUUAAAUCACAGGGCAGAUACACCAAUUCACUUUGAUUAACAUUGCGAGAUAGGGCCUCCUUGGCGGAGAUCUGCCCUCUCUGGUGCCCUUAUAGUUAAUAUAAUGAGUUCUGAGAGUUCAUUGUUUGGUCCAUUUUACCCAACAACUUUGCUAAAAUGCUCAAUCAGUAUUCUCUGUGAUUCUCAACCACUAAGCAUCAACAGAGCAAACAUUUUUAGAGAUGUUGUCAUGUC